UCCACCUCUCUCUCCGGCAGGACUCGUCAGAGUCGGUGACAACAACAGCAGGUGUUCUACUACUACUUCCGCUUUCACGACGUCAGCGGCCUUGCUUUGCGGCAGCAACGCAGCCCGGGCCGGUCAUGGACGUGUUAGAGGGGCUGUUCGGGAGCGAUGGCGACUCUGAUAAUGAACAGAAGGCUGACGGUAGAUCUCCGACAGGAGGCUCAGAUUCUGGGUCCGGGUCCGACUCAGAACCAAGGAACAUUGUCUCCGUUAGUACUCCAUCUAGAAGCGAGAGCGAGCAUGAUGAGGAGGACGAUGGACAUGCUGCAUUGAAGCCUAGCAACAAAGAACUAUUUGGGGAUGACAGUGAGGAUGAAGCUGGAUCACAACAUAGUGGUAGUUACAACCGCUCAGAGAGGUCAGAUAAUCAGUCUGAAGCUAAUGCUCACUCUGAUCAAGAAGAAAAUGACCAGUCAGAUGCUGAACAGCACAGUGGAUCAGAAAACUUUAAUGAUGAAGAUGAGGAUGGAGGGCACAGGUCUGACCACAGUAGCCAUCGUUCUGAUGCAGAAGGGUCAGAAAAAGAUGCUCAUUCGGACAAUGAGAAAUGGGCCAGGGAGGAUAAGAGCGACCAGUCAGAUGAAGAGGAGAAAAUACAAAACUCUGAUGAUGAGAUCCAGCAUUCAGAUGAUGAAGGAAAUAUGCAAUCAGAUGAAGAGAGGCCAAGGCAAUCUGAUGGUGAAGAACAUGAAGACCAUCAGUCUGAGGGAGAGGAUCACAGACGCCAUCAUUCCGAAGAUGAUGAAAAUGAGAGACAUUCGGAUGAUGAGAGGCAGCACUCAGACAUAGAAGAGCAAGAACCCCAAAGAUCGGAUGAUGAGGAACCAAGACUUCAAAAUUCAGAUGAUGAACAAGACCACCAUAGAUCCGAUGACGAGCUGCAGCGCUCUGAUGAUGAAGAUGAGCGAGAGCGCCGGCCGUCAGAUGAUGAACGGCGGCAACAUUCGGAUGAUGAAGAGAUUGAACGGCAACAUUCAGAUGAUGAGCAACAACAUUCAGAUGGGGAAGAACAAGAGCGCAAAUCAGUAUCUGGCAAAGGCAGCGACAGUGAAGAGGAAGUUGUGCGACAUAGACAUAAGAGAGCGAUAGCAUCAGACUCUGAAGUAGAUAGUGAUGGAGAGACGGCAAAAGUGGGAAACAAAGACGCUGCUGAUCUGUUUGGAGAUGCGGAUGAUAUUUCUUCCGGCAGUGAUGGAGAAAAGCCUCCCACUCCAGGACAGCCCAUGGAUGAAGAUGGGAUUGAUCAGGAUCAGCCAGAAGAGGAAGCUGUCCCUGAGACCAGAAUAGAAGUAGAGAUUCCCAAAGUGAACACAGACCUGGGGAAUGACUUGUACUUUGUCAAGCUUCCCAACUUUCUCAGUGUUGAGCCUAGACCCUUUGAUCCUCAAUAUUAUGAAGAUGAGUUUGAAGAUGAAGAAAUGUUGGAUGAAGAAGGUAGAACUAGGCUGAAAUUAAAGGUGGAAAAUACAAUCCGAUGGAGAACACGACGGGAUGAAGAAGGAAAUGAUGUUAGAGAGAGUAAUGCACGUAUUGUUAAAUGGUCUGAUGGCAGCAUGUCAUUACAUUUGGGGAAUGAGGUUUUUGAUGUGUACAAAGCUCCAUUGCAAGGGGACCACAACCAUCUUUUUAUCAGACAAGGAACCGGUUUACAAGGUCAGGCUGUAUUUAAGACGAAGCUUACAUUUAGGCCUCAUUCUACAGACAGUGCUACUCACAGGAAGAUGACGCUGUCUCUUGCAGACAGAUGCUCGAAGACUCAGAAGAUCAGGAUCCUUCCAAUGGCAGGACGUGACCCAGAGUCUCAGAGAACAGAGAUGAUUAAGAAAGAAGAGGAAAGACUGAGAGCCUCAAUCCGCAGAGAGUCGCAGCAGCGUAGAAUCAAAGAAAAGCAGCACCAGCGCGGUUUGAGUGCAAACUACCUGGAGCCUGAUCGAUAUGAUGAUGAUGAGGAAGGAGAGGAGUCAAUAAGCUUGGCAGCCAUUAAAAAUAGAUAUAAAGGUGGACGAGAGGAACGAGCCCGGAUCUAUUCAUCUGACAGCGAUGAAGGCUCAGAUGAUGACAAAACUCAGCGGCUAAUGAAAGCAAAGAAACUUAACAGUGACGAAGAGUCAGGAGAACCCUCAGCAAAGAGAAAGGCAGAGGAUGAGGAGAAAGUGAACAAGAAGCACAAGAAAUAUGUAAUUAGCGACGAAGAAGAUGAGGAUUUGUAACGUAUGUGUGUAUAUAGGUUAUGAGUGUGCACUGGCCUAUGUUGUAGGUCAUUUAUUUGUUUCGGUUACUCAGAUUUUUGUGUAGUAAAUACAUUUUACAAAAUA